UGUGUUACGUUUGGAGCCGCUGUUAAACUCCGAAAGAGCUACUGUCAUACAGAGCAAUGCUUGAGUCGUCCGUUUCUCUUAGUUUUAAACACACUUUACGAGGAGGUCGACAAAAAAAGAAGCAAAUUUGAAAAAGAAAACUCUGCAGCGGCAUUUCGCACUCGAUGCCAGAGACCAGAAACUGCUUAUAGGACUAAUUUUAACCAGAGACUGUGAAUGGAGCAACAGCAUCAUCAAGGUUUUUGUAGGUUCUCCCAUUCUCUUUCUGCAGAUGGGGCUGGAGGCUCCACUAGUCAACCCAUGAUGCGUUUGUGUAUCACGUCGACAACCGGCAGCCCGGUGGAGCUCACUGUGCCCCGAGGAGAGACUGCAGAGGGCCUGAAGACACGCAUCUCCCAAAAACUCAGACUGCAAACAGACCGAAUCGUACUCCUGCAUAAAAACAGGCACCUGGUUAUAGGGAAACUGAUGGAGCAGGGAGUGACAGAUGGGAGCAAACUAACCCUGGUCCCAGUCAUUGAAUCUGGUUUAGCAUGCCCCACUGCCAGAGAGAGGACGAUGAGGGGUGUGUUGGAAAGUUUAACAGAAGUCCAAAUUAAUGACUUCUUGUCGGGACGCUCACCUCUGACCCUCAGCAUUGGAACUGGUGCCCCUAUGAUGUAUGUGCAGCUCCAGCUGUCUGCACAGCAGGAUGUCAAAGAGCUGCAGCAAGACAGGGACUCUAAAGCUCUGAGCAGUUGUCAGCUUCAAACUGGUCCACUGACAUCUGGAACUGUGAGCCAGCCAGACUCUGCCUCCACAUUGACCUCCACAGGACCUGCUACCUCACAGAUUUUCUCUCCAGCUCAGCUCUCCACUGACUCUUCAUCCUUUGUUCAGUGUCACACCCAGAAACCCAGAUCUUCCUCACACUCAUCCAGCUGUGCCCCACCUGUAACCUGCCACAGUCCCUCUUUUCUUGGCCCUGCUCACAAACCUCCUUCCCCCUCUGGUUUACCACAUUGCAGCAGUCCACUGCAAGCAAACACACCGGUCUGUUCAGGCAGACCCUUUGGCUACAGUCCCAGACCCUCGAGCCCGGCAUCCGCCUCAACCUUCUCAGAGAGGGAUGUUACAGCAAAGCAGCCAGGAGCAGUCAUAGAAAGCUUUGUGAGUCACUCUCCAGGUGUCUUCUCUGGGACGUUUUCUGGGACACUGGCCCCUAGCCGUCAGGAUGGUGUCAAUAAUCCUCGUCAUGGCAUCACCAUCAUUCUCCAAAUCCUCCAAGACCUCCUUAGAGCUGCGUACCACCACCAGGGGGCUCCAACUUCUCCUCCUCCUCUCUGCUGUUCUCCCCCAAAUCAUCCAACCAGCCAAGUCACUUCAGAGGAGCAAUGCAAAGCAAAAAGCAGAGCACCCCUAACCCAGGAGAUGGAGCACAGUGCAGGUAAAGAAAGUCAGGUGCUGCGUUCAUCUACAGAGGAAAAUAAAACCCUGCACUGCAAGCUGGAGCACCUCCAGCUGUUGAUGCAUCAGAGGCGUUUACGCAGACGGACUCGCAGGAGCUCAAACCUCUACCAAAGCGCACGUCCAAACCAGCAACGCCACUAUUGUUCUUAAUCACCUGGAUGGAAAAUAACCACUCACUGUGACAGCCUUGAUGACUUUCUAAGCAGGAAGUGACCAGUCAGUGAAAUCAAAACUGACCUCCGACUUUAUGUUAAAAUAUCUAGAAAGCACACAGGGAUAAGUAACAGGGUGAUGCCACUGAAGUUAUUCAUAUUGUGAGCUUUUUAGAAAAGAUAUGAGUACUGACGUGAUUCUGAGUCUGUCCUCAAGGAACGAUGACUCUUAUUUGUAGCACAAUGUCAUAAAAAAGCUCUGUGUGUUCUUGUGUCAUUCAUUUCUGUGUCUGGUCAAAUACUUUCUGUAUGUUUGUGUAAUCUCAAGAUUUUUGCCCAAGAAAAAGGCAGCUGGGCUUCCUUUUGGUAAAGAUGUUGCUUUGUUCAAGGGUAAUUCUGAUCUUAAAACUUGCCUGUUCUGUUUCUCUAAGUGCUCUGGGUCACUACUCACCCGAGAUUCACAUGAAGUGAGGUGUGAAUUGGGGUGAAGCAGCGUAGCGAGGGGUGUAAUGACUGCAUUGUAUGUAGCUGAUAGGUGAUGGUGUGAACAAUCCCUCCUAUUGAGAGGUGGGCUGUUACUUCCUUCAUCAGUGGGGGGUAUCCCCAGGUUGUACUGUAAGUGCAUUCUUGAUAUACAUGUGUUGUUUGUCUGACAUACUGUCAUGUAAACUUGAUGUUACUGUCCAAUAAGCUGAAAUGUUCUGGAAAAAACUGUUUCCUUUCUUGGACUUACCAGAAUGUCAUAUAUCCAAAUCAGUUACUGGGUGCUUUACACCUUAUAUGUAAGAAAAGAAAAGCAAAUUUAAACUGAAUGUAUUUGUCUGUAUUUGAAGAAAAAUCCUAUGUAGGUUUAUAGAUUUAGUUUUUCCUUGUUGUAUUCAAGCGCCUUGAUUGUGAUUGAAUGUAAAGAGUGUGUUUUCUUUGGAAAAAAUUCCCUUUAAAUAAUCUGCUUUUGCAUUAUUAAAAACUUUAAACAAUGAGGGGAACAUGCAAUGAAUAAACAAAAAUAUAGAAUAA